GUUCUGGAAAAAGCUGGCUGCAUUCAAACCCCGUCUUACUGCCCCAAGGAUUCUUCCGUUCGACCACACCGCUGCUAGCCUCAGUCGCUCCACUUCAAAAACGCUACAAACACUGGCCUCGCCCGCGCUGGCUUAGACGGACCACCAAGCUUAUUUUCUGUGCCGGGGAACUCACGGCGGACACGGGCCGUUUGCGACAGAAUCCCCGACGGACAGCACGUGUUCCGUCUCUGCUUUGACUAUUUUCUGCAGCUGAACGUCGCUGCUUGUGGCAACACUGUCGACAAGCUGUGCCUCCUGCACGAACGCUCAGGUACCAGUUCCCGCUCGUCCAGCGUUGCUCACGCGUCAUUCGAAACCUCGGCUCGCAUCCGAAGCCAGAACUCCCGUCCUUCGUGUACAGCCUAGCAGCGGCGAUGGUGCAAGCCUUGUCAGUGUGGUGGUCCGAUUGACAUACCUGCUACACGUGGUUUGUCAGCCAUUCGGAUCGCAAACCUGGUUCCGCGCAACAUUGUGAUCAGUCAACUAGCAAGAAUUGUCUCCCCAUGUCCGUCGACAUACAUUGGGAUGCGCUUACAAGUGGCCCGGACGGCGAGCGAAUCGCGGAGACUGUGCGCGCCUUCAUUCACGAAAAGUUCCAGCAGGUCACACUCCCACGCUUCAUCCGCAGCGUCCAGGUGCAUGCGUUCGACUUUGGAAGCGUAGCACCAAAGGUAGAAAUCAAGGACAUUUGCGACCCUUUGGCAGACUUUUACGACGAGCAUGAGAACGGCUGUUCUUCCCAAAGUGAUGGCUGCCAAGACUCUCCCUCGGAGCAACAACCCACAACGCAGUCAGCGGCAGGGGUAUCAAACGCACGAGCAAACCACCGAUCGCAAGCUGCCGACAUGCCAAACGAGGGUGCUAGUCAAGCACCAGAGAACCACGUUUCGCAUGUAGAUACGAGGACUAGGGGUUUGAGAGAGAUUUCGCAUCCAUUGGAUCAGCCAGCCAGCCCAUUAUUCUCAAGCCUGCCGACGCCGGGUAUACCAGGAGGUACAUCGAACUUGACAUAUUUUCAUUUACCAUUUGGUCCAGGACUUUCUGGCACGGCCACGCCGCUGGCUGCUGUUGCAGGCGCUCAUUUCCAGAAUGGCCGCUCGGACAAUGUGUCCACGUUGCGCCCCACGUUGCCGCCACCUAGCGUGGAAGAGACGUUAUAUACCUCGUCGAUUGGCGACCCACAAUCAAGGCCAGAUUCGCAGCACCAGCACAUGGACGCGUACAAUGAGGAAAAGCCUCGUCUGAGUGACACAUCUGGUAUGAUGCUUAACACGGCUGGCGAACAAUUCGACCGUGAGAGAGACCCUAACGACAUUCAAGUCGUUGCCCACGUUGAGUAUGCCGGUGAUCUUCGGCUAUCUUUGACUGCUGAAAUACUUCUUGAUUAUCCCAUGCCGAGCUUCGUUGGCAUUCCGCUUCAGCUCAACAUCACUGGGUUACGAUUUGAUGGCAUUGCUAUCCUAGCAUACAUCAAGAAGAAAGCCCAUGUGUGCUUUCUGUCCCCCGAGGAUGCUGAGGCCUUCGUAGACCGACCUUUCACCGAGUCCGAAGGUGACGCCGGCUCGGACAGGUCCAAGACCUUCGGGGGCCUACUGGAGGAAAUCAAAGUGGAGAGCGAAAUUGGGGAGAAAGAGAACGGAAAGCAAGUUCUGAAGAACGUUGGAAAAGUGGAAAGGUUUAUCUUGGAGCAAGUGCGCCGCAUCUUUGAGGAUGAAUUCGUGUAUCCAAGCUUUUGGACGUUACUUGUCUAAACGUUAACACUCCACAUGGCCAUUGACCUUGCUCAACUGGAGCGUCGUAGGCUACAGUGGCUGACAGCGACCGGCGUUAGCGGCCCGCGCAAGCGAAGAGCGUCCCACCAGGUCGAAAACUCCGAGUUAUUCUCAUGCACCAAUUCGAUGUUUUUUUUAUUUGGGGGGGGGGGUGGAAACAACCUCGAAUCAGCCGCAAAUAUGAAAUCAGCUGCAACAAUCAAGCAUGGUAUUAUCUGCCUGUGCCUCCUGGGAAUAAUUGGAAAUUUGAUCAUCACGAGAUCCGGAAGACUUCAACCUCGCCUUGGCUAACUGCUCCAUCGUUCCGAAUAUGCAGUCACCCCUGUUGACAAAGCUCCGGCUGGGUCGGUGGCGUUAGCUUCUCGAACUGUUCCAUAUCUCGCCUGGCCAAACUCCUACGCCUUCUUUGCAGGCAGCUUCGCCCGGUAUCAAUCUAACGAGCGGUAACAUGGGGGUUUGGUGGUUUGUGGCUCUUACGAAUCCGUACCUCACUCGUUGCUGGGGCCAGGCUAUAAAUCGAUGGAAAAAUUUCUGUCCCUUGCUGGGGCCCACCUUAGAGAAUAGUUCACAAAGUAUGGCCAGGUAGGCUGGUACGCUGAAUGAAUCGCGUUGUAAAUUGAUGGAAACCCCCUUGGCUGUUCAACAAAACAUGAAAAGUUGGACAUGACCAGACUCUGUAAUUUAUCCACUGCAAAAAUCAGGUGAUUGAUGGGAUAUCUAAAUUCAGGACGUGUCAAGUGCAGGUAGAAAUGUUUUGUAAUAAUUUCCGGGCCUCAGGGUUGUCGCAA